AUGUGUCAUGGCUUCAAGAUCACAGAUAUACAAAGCAAGGCAAAAGGCAACUGCUCUACAAAGAAAGGAUUUAUUGAUGCUUUGAGGCUAGUUGUUGGUUUGGAUGCUUGUCACAUCAAAGGGCAACACCCUAGGCAAUUACUAUCUGUUGUUGGUGUUGAUCCUAACAAUGGCAUGCAUCCAAUAGCUUAUGCAGUGGCAGAGGCUAAGAAUUAUGCAACUUGGACUUGGUUUUUGGAACUCUUAGUUGUUGAUCUUGGCAUUGAAAAUAGCAAUGGCUAUGUGUUCAUUACAGAUAGACAAAAGGGCUUAAUUGAUGUAGUGGGUGACAUGUUCCCAAACUCUGAGCAUAGGCAUUGCCUUAAACAUCUGCAUUCUAAUUUUAUACUUGUUGGCCAUAGAGGAUUAGUUCUGAAACAACAUAUGGAGGCUGCUGCAAGAAGUACAACUAUACCUUGGUUUCAAGCAGAGAUGAAAAAACUCCAAGAUUUGUCAGGACCAGCUUUUGAUUGGUUGUCAAGGCUUGAUCCAAUGUAG